UCGCCGCAUUAGUCGCCGCUCUCUGUUUGCUCAUUGGCCCGCCAGCCUGUCCGUGAGCGCGCUGAGAGGGAGUUGACGUAAUCUCUUCGGUAAAUCGAGACAAUCUACCAAUUCUUCUUCUCGCUAGUGUGCAGAUAGGCGUCCGCCGUUCAUCUGUAAGGGAGACUAAAGUAGUCAACGAAGUGGCCGUUUCCAAAUACAAAUCCUUCCACCGGAGGAUACCGCUAUAAUGGGUCUUUUUCACGGAAAUGGACUUUAUAACAGUUUCCUUGCGCACAGAUUCUGAUAGAAACAACACAUUUUGACGCCUGCUAGCUAGCGUUAGUUCUCGCCACUGUCCGGUGGUUUUGGUUUUGUCUUUUGCAAGAGUCUCCAAGCGAGGGAUAUACACAAGGGAUCUUACAGGGAGACGGACUUAAACUGCAAACAUGUCUGGGGCUUCUGUGAAAGUCGCUGUUCGAGUUCGACCCUUCAACUCGAGGGAGAUCAGCAAGGAGUCAAAAUGUAUCAUUCAGAUGCAAGGCAACACUACAACUAUCCUCAACCCCAAAGCCCCAAAGGAACCAGCAAAGACCUUCAGUUUUGAUUACUCCUAUUGGUCUCAUACCUCUCCCGAUGACCCCUGCUUUGCCUCACAGAACCUUGUGUACAAUGACAUUGGAAAGGAAAUGCUGCAGCAUGCUUUUGAGGGUUAUAACGUCUGCAUCUUCGCUUAUGGCCAGACAGGAGCUGGCAAAUCCUACACCAUGAUGGGCAAGCAGGAGGAGGGGCAGGAAGGAAUCAUUCCCAUGCUGUGUGAAGAUCUGUUUGAGAAGAUCAAUGAGGACGGCAACAAAGAGGAGCUCUCCUACUCAGUAGAGGUCAGUUACAUGGAGAUCUACUGCGAGCGCGUCCGAGAUUUGCUCAACCCCAAGAACAAAGGGAACCUACGAGUCCGAGAACACCCGCUGUUGGGUCCCUAUGUAGAGGAUCUGUCCAAGCUAGCUGUCACCUCCUACACAGACAUCGCUGACCUGAUGGAUGCAGGCAACAAGGCCAGAACUGUGGCUGCCACCAACAUGAACGAGACAAGCAGCAGGUCCCAUGCUGUUUUCACCAUUGUCUUCACUCAGAGGAAACACGACAGCGAGACGGACCUCUCCACAGAAAAGGUCAGUAAAAUUAGUCUGGUAGACUUGGCAGGCAGUGAGCGAGCAGAUUCAACUGGAGCUAAAGGUACCAGGCUAAAGGAGGGAGCAAACAUCAACAAGUCUCUCACCACGUUAGGAAAGGUUAUCUCUGCCUUGGCUGAAGUGGAUAAUUGUACCAGCAAGAGCAAGAAGAAGAAGAAGAGUGAUUUCAUCCCAUACAGGGACUCUGUUCUGACAUGGCUGCUGAGGGAGAACCUCGGUGGGAACUCCAGAACAGCCAUGGUAGCUGCCCUCAGUCCUGCAGACAUAAACUACGAUGAAACCCUCAGCACUCUGCGCUAUGCUGACCGCGCCAAGAACAUCAAAUGCAAUGCUGUCAUCAAUGAGGAUCCCAACAAUAAGCUGGUGCGCGAACUGAAGGAUGAAGUGGCCCGGCUGAAGGAACUGCUCCGUGCCCAGGGCCUGGGAGACAUUCUGGACAUUGAUCCUAUGGGGGAUGAUUGUCCAGGAAGUGGAAUCAAAUCAGGUGACGGUGCCCAAAGCUUUAAAAUGCCCCUUCUGAGUUCUCAAACUGAGGCUCAGAGCUACAGACGGAAAGCCCCUAUUGGUUCCCUGACAGCCUCGCCGUCUUCUGGCUCGCUGUGCAGCCAGGGGGGCCUUCAGUCAGUCACCAGCAUCCAAGAGCGAAUCAUGUCCACGCCUGGAGGGGAGGAGGCCAUUGAAAGACUCAAGGAAUCAGAAAAGAUCAUUGCUGAGCUCAAUGAAACCUGGGAGGAGAAACUGCGAAAGACUGAGGCAAUCCGCAUGGAGAGGGAGGCUUUGCUUGCAGAGAUGGGCGUGGCAAUCCGUGAAGAUGGAGGCACUUUGGGUGUAUUCUCUCCUAAAAAGCUUAGCGAUGAAGGGCCAUUUGACGAGCCUUUUGAUUGUUUUGCCACCAAAAAGCCUUGCGAUCUCUAUGCAGACUUUAACGGGGUAUUCUCACCUAAAAAGACCCCACACCUGGUUAACCUGAAUGAGGAUCCUCUCAUGUCUGAGUGUCUGCUCUACUACAUCAAAGACGGAAUUACAAGAGUGGGUCAGGCCGACGCAGAGAGAAGACAGGACAUUGUUUUAAGCGGUGCUCAUAUCAAGGAAGAACACUGCUACUUCCGCAGCGAAAGGAAUGCAAACGGAGAUGUUAUUGUCAUGCUGGUGCCCUGCGAGGGAUCGGAGACCUACGUCAACGGCAAGCGUGUUGAGGACUCGAUCCAGCUUCGUUCAGGCAAUCGCAUCAUUAUGGGAAAGAACCACGUGUUCCGGUUCAACCACCCAGAGCAGGCCAGAGCUGAAAGGGAGAAGACGCCAUCGGCAGAAACCCCCGUGGAGCCCGUUGAUUGGACAUUUGCUCAGAGAGAACUCCUGGAGAAACAGGGCAUUGACAUGAAGCAGGAAAUGGAGAAAAGACUCACUGAGAUGGAAAUCUUGUACAAAAAAGAGAAGGAAGAAGCCGAUCAGCUUCUGGAGCAGCAGCGACUGGAUGGAGACUCUGAUAGUGGGGAUGACUCAGAUAAGAGGUCUUGCGAAGAGAGCUGGAGACUGAUCACUUCCCUGAGGGAAAAGCUACCUCCCAGCAAGCUCCAAACCAUAGUGAAAAAGUGUGGAUUACCCAGCAGUGGGAAAAGAAGAGAGCCAGUGAAAAUGUACCAGAUCCCUCAGCGGCGCCGCAUCACCAAGGACUCUAAGUGGGUCACCAUCUCUGACCUGAAGAUCCAGGCAGUCAAAGAAAUCUGCUACGAAGUGGCGCUCAAUGACUUCCGUCACACACGGCAGGAAAUCGAGGCUUUGGCUAUUGUAAAGAUGAAGGAGCUUUGCGCUAGCUAUGGCAAGAAGGACCCCAACGAGCGGGACUCGUGGAGGGCGGUGGCUCGGGAUGUUUGGGACACUGUAGGGGUUGGUGACGAGCGCAUUGAGGAUGUCAUGACCAAUGGGUCUCGACCCGGAGGAGUUGUUAUGGACGAACUAAAAGUGCACAUUGAUAAACUCGAGGACAUCCUGCAGGAGGUGAAGAAACAGAAUAACAUGAAGGAUGAGGAAAUCCGCGCCCUCAGGAAUAAGAUGGUUAAAAUGGAAAAGGUCCUACCGCUCAUAACCCCAGAGGGCCAAGAAAAGCCUCCCAGUGUAGGUCCCUCUACUUGUGAAGCAAGAACUCCAAGCCCUCAGGAAGGAAAACUACCUGUGCCUGAAAAGCCUGACGAAGAAGAUGCAGAUUCACUAACAGGCCAAAGUAUGGCAGAUGAUUCAACGCUAAAGCGAGGCCACAUGCGCUGGAUGCGUCAAGAGCAGCUGCGCCUCAAGAAUCUACAGCAACAAGAGAUCUCCAAGCAGCUCCGCCGGCAUCCCGGGCCUCAUCGCUUUAUACCACCAGAAGACCGUAAAUUACGCUUCCCCUUCAAAAGUAAUCCAAAGCACCGUAACUCGUGGAGCCCGGGUACUCAUAUCAUAAUUACAGAUGAGCAGGUUAUAGAGUUAAAGGUGCCCAAAGAAGCUGUACAGGAAGAGGAGGCAGAAAGCCUAGCUGGAGAAGAUGUACAGUGUAGCGAUAAGAUGGAUAAGAUGGCUGCUUCAGUUAUCCAAGUCUCUCCAGCGCUGCAAAGCCCAUCAGUUCAGCGCAGAAGCAAGGACUCAGACCAAGGUUUAAACCAGGGUCACAGGCAUAACUAUAGGAACAACCAACAUCAGCAGCUGCACGAACGAGGCCGCAGCAACUCCUUUAAUCACCGUCAGCGUCCCUCGGGCUCCAUGGAGUCACUGCAGCAGUCUGAAAGCAACAGGAGGUAUACGCAGGCUUUCUACCAGCCCCGCCACUAUCAGAACCAGCCAGCACAUCCCCAGCCUCACCACCACCAACAGCCAUGCCACUAUAACGGCGCGAUGUAUGCCGAUGGCGGCUUCAAUGGUUACCAGCAUUACCAUCACACUGACCAUCCUAACCAUCCAGUCAACUUUCAGCCACCUCCACGAAUGCGCAGGCAAAUGUCUGCUCCUAACCUAAAAGCCAGCAGAGAGACGACGGUCUGAGUGGGACUUGAGGAGUGAGGAACUAGAUUGACAGACUUUUAGUAGGCAAACACAUUACAGAUCACAACAGCUCUGACAAAAAGUGACUGUGACUAUUGCACUAGAUCGGUGUUACUGGUUGAUCCAAGUAUUGUAUGUAUUAUAUAUAAAUAUAUAUAAAAAAAGAGACAUUUUAUCACCAUCAGUAUCAUCAUAUGACAUUUUUAUCAUUUGUUUUGUGCAUCGUGUGCAUUGUCAUCACUGUCACUGGGAUUCAAAGGAUUCAAAGCCAACAGAUAAUUUUUUUUUUUAACAUGUCACGCCUACUCUUCAUUUAUCAGCAUGUGUGACAAGUUGAUGAAUCACACUUUGAAUUUGCCAAAUUACUUUCACGGUCGAAUUUCUGAGUUUACAUUAUUGCCAUUUUAGUAUUGAUGAAAGUAGAGUGUUGUGUUUUUUUUUGUUGUUGUUUUUUAAAUGGCCACUGUGACAUGAACAUACUGACGUGUCCAAUACGCAUUUUUGUUGGUGCCCACUUUAGGAACAGAACACACCCAGUGUUUUAUCUACGUACUGUUAAGCUGCACAGUAGGAUGGGAGAAUCAGUUGUCUUUAGCACGAUCAUGUUUACCUCAAAGCAUUUUGUUACAACGCAUCAUUGGCCUAGAUCUGGAAUCAAAAGACCACUUGAGGAAUAACUUGAAGCACCAGUCAAUCGUGUGCCUUUUAAACAGACUGACAUAUAAAGAAAGUGGGUUUUUUUUUUAAAGUGCCUUUUUAGAUGCUCUAACUCUAUUAAUCCUGCUCUGCCUUUGCAAUUCAGUAUUUUCUUUGCCUUCCUUUUAAUUCAGUGCCUACGGACAGGUUUGCAGAUUAAUUUUGUAAAGGAAGCUUCAUACCUUAACUAACCAAAACUAACUUUUUAUCAAUAACAUACUGACUUAUACAUUUUUUUUAGUAAUCAUCUUAUUUGCUUGAUUACAAACUUUUUCCUGUCUUUCUUUUUACUUUACAGUUUAACCAAAAACAAAAAAAAACUUCAAAUAUGUAGCUACCAACUACUUACAUGACAGUGUUUUGCACUUCCUCACUUCACGGAUAAGCUGCAUAAUUUGUUAUUGACUGCACUAAUUUUUAAAGAUACUAAGUUCUUUUAAAAAAGCAGACCAAGUCCAAAAAAGGUUUUAAAACAUGUCCAUGAGUUUUGGAGUUCACUAAAGACAAGAACCACUACGCUGAAAAGCACAGAGAGCACCCUCGAUUGUACGUGAAUGCAAAUUGUAUCCAUUUCAAAGUUUCACUGAAUAGUUUCCCCCUUUUCUUCCUGUAUGAAGCACUCAGUCUGGUUAAAAUUACAUUUUAGGUUUGUGGCUCAUUGAGUAAGCACAGAGUUCACUGUGUUUCAGAUGGAUGCCCUACAGAGUGUUGUCAAGGUUCCCAAAGACUCGCCCUAAAAAUGUUGGAAGCAGGACAAAGACUUGAAAUGUUUGCAUAAUGGUAUUCAGGAGAAAUGUCCAUAUCAAAUGAGAUUUUUGGUUUUUUUUUAAGGGCUGCCUUGUUUUUAGCUGCAUAUUCACACAACCAAGACAGAUAUGGGUGUGAUGGUCUGUGAAAUCUGUUGCCCAUGUUAAUAACUUCAGUAGUCUGUAUCAGUGUUUUUGCCUCUGUGCUUUAGCGUGUGCGUAUUUGCCUACCUUUUUAAUCGGCCUGUUGUCUGCUGCAUUUUUAGCUUUAAAAGAACCCCCAUUAAUUAUUAACAUUAGAUAUCAGAUGGCCUUCAAAUUAUUUCAGACAAACAGCAACACUCACAGCAGGAUGGGCGAGACCUUUGAGGACUAUCAUAUUGUUAAACCUGGGAUUUGAAUUUAUUUUCUUUUUAAUGCUCUUAAGUUUUGACGGUAUAAAUUCUGCCUUACUAUGCUGUAACAAAAAAACCAAAUGACAUGACAUAUUCAGCCAGCCUUCCCCUCAUAUGUUUGACUAUCUUUGCAUGGAGUAGCUUACAUUUCCUCAGCCCUGAUGAAUCUAUUAAAAGAAAGUUGUUUAACAUAAGCUCUGGUGCAGAUGGUGACCGAGUAAGCUGGACAGUGUACAGCAUCAAAUGAACCACCGUGUGUACGGCUCUGAAAUCAGCAUUUAUAAGUAUGCUAGGUCUCUGUGUCUGAGUGUCGUACAUCUUGUGUUUUUUGAACCUACAACCACAUAAAGUGCCUCAUUGUGGCUGUGUACCGAGUUGUGUUGCUCCUUGAUAGAGCACAUUAACAUUGAACAGUAUUGUUCACUGGUUUUCAUAAAGGAUAUACCACAACUAUGUGUUUUAUUGUCAAGGUAUGAAUGAAAUGAAAUAAAAUGACAUGAUCCAUGUGCA